UGUUUGCAAUUGCAUUCAGUGCCAGGGCAAUUCUAAAUCAGAAUUUAUUGAAAUGGAAUAGCAUUGUGUUGGAAUUAAUGCAGCAUUUGUAACCUAGACACUGGCGUCAAACGCAGCCUUUUAUGAAAUAAGCUUCAACAUAUAGAAGUUCAAGGGCUUGCUAGGUAUAUCACAAUCAUAGUCAUCUGUUCUUGAGAUAUUUACACAAGUUUUUUAUUGCUUACUAGUCUUAUCAAAAAGUCUUGAAAGACAAAACAGUCAAAACAUAGUUGAUUGUAACUUGGCCUAACUUUACCUAGACCUACACCACAGGCUACAUUCUACCAACGAAAUAAUCACCUUCAAAAUCAACUUCCAUCACACAGCCUACGACCUACCAAUAUACCUACCAGACUGGAAAAAUACAGGUAAUGCUGAAUUCCGGCGUUACCUACUUCACAUGCGCUGAAUUCAGUGUGUGGCGGCCACAGAAUUUUUCAGCGCAUUGCACUUCAAAAAUUAUGUGUAAGCAUUAUUUUUCGGCGCAUGGCGGUCAUCAACCUUUUUUACAUGCUGGCCAACCUCAACCUAGCAGCAGAUGCGCCCUGCGGGCGGCUCUGGAGAGGGUUUGUGACAAGCCAUUCCCCGCCCCUGCCGUCUCGGGCUCAGACUCACGAGCCUUGAGUCUACGACUCUACUGAGGUCUGAGCGGAGGAGCGGCCGCCCAGCUUGUUCCUGGCUGGCAUCAUUGGUUUUGAGCUGAUCUGGUAAGCCAGUUAGCGUGUUUUGCUUUCUUAUUCCAAGAAGCAGUUAUCAAACAAUAUCAUUAUCAGUCACAGUUCACCUCAGCACUUGAAUUUUUCCUGCCCAUCACAAUGAAGGUGAUCACUGGUUCACCGCUGCUGAAGCUAGUGGCGGCGGUGUUUGUGGUGCUUGCCUUUUGGCUGAUGAUCAAGUACAUGACAUGGGAGGAGGAUACCAUGGCACUGCCAGACACCUUUGUACGACCCAUCAUCCCCGCUGUCCCUGAAGAUGAUGAGGGCAUCGAGAGGACGGGCCACCCAGUGCAGGUGGAGGUGUUCUACGAAGCCCUGUGUCCGGACAGUAUGAACUACAUCGUGGACCAGCUAGCGCCAGCCGUCGCUAAGCUGCCUGUUGAUGCGCUCAACGUCAUCUUGGUGCCUUACGGAAAAGCCAAGACGUACCAGCGCGGCUCCAAGGUGACCUUCUCGUGCCAGCACGGCCCCGAGGAGUGCUGGGCCAACAAGCUGCACGCGUGCGGUAUUCGUCAGGCGGCCAACCAGACGGUGUCGGUGCAGUUCGUCACCUGCCUGAUGAGGCACUACCGCCGGCUGCGACUGCGUGCCCAGCAGUGCGCCGAGGACAGCCGCCUGCCGUGGGUGCAGCUGUCAGCCUGCGCCGCCGGCUCGGCCAUCGACCCCGACAUUGUGCGGUACGGGGAGAUGACGCAGGCGCUGCGGCCGCCGGCACACUUCAUACCCACCAUCACCGUGGACCAGAGCCAAGAUGGUCAAGCUGCAAUGUUUGGCAACUUCUUGAGCUUCGUUUGCAAGGCUUAUGAGACACGCUCCGGUAAGAAGCCUACCGGCUGUCCGAAGUGAGUGUGUCUCUGAAGGACGGCACGGUCACAGGCUCGCAGACAGAGGCGGCAGCGUCUCAGGCAGCAUUGGAGAGACAGAGGACGGUGCUUCUGGCACGGUGGGACGGAGAUACUGUGCAGGAGACGGACGGUGCUUCUGACACGGUGGAGUGCAGAUGCCGUGCAGACAGGGCGAUCUGAAGCCGCCAGACGCGCCGCCGCUGCAGCCGCGGGCGGCGACCCGGCGGCGCGGUGCAGUGACCAGAACUGACAACUGUGGCCACCAGGUGGGGUGUGCGAGUGAGGACGGGUGAACUGGGCUUUACGGGGAGCCCAUAUGGGCUGAGCCCAUUGGUCCACACCAGGUCCACAUGAGAGGUGUGCGUGUGUGCGUGCAGUAAUUGCGAUAGGAGCACACAUUUUGAAAGGUUUAUGUGUAUGUAGUGCACGGGCUAUUUAUUUUGAUAUGGUGUAUAAUUAGGUCGAUGAAUUCUGACCAUGUGUUGUGGUCCAAUUAGUCUCAGAGGUGUCCAGGAUGGUUUCCAUUGGGUUCCGUCUUUCCAGCGUCAGUGAACGAAUGUUUGUGCUCAGUACAAACUGUGGGGGCAGUGCGACCCCAAUUCGGCCGCGCAGUGGCGGCUGUCCGGUCCGUAUCGGCACCACGCCUAAUGGCGACGUCCAGGUUCAACUACCGCAAUAGCCCGGCCAGGUGUAGCUAGCGGGACCUCCAGUCGUGCUGGACGUCCACAAACUGAGCGGGGCCGAAACCCAGCACAGUCGGCCAGGGUUCGGAGCUCCUCUUACUGGUGGGGUCGUCUAUGGGGAAUAUGGGCUGGACGCUAGUGGCUCCCCAGAGGUAGGGUUUCUUCGCUGGUGUUGUGUCCAAGCUGUUAAAGCGUGUUCACAAUGGACUCGGGUUCUUUCCACAGUUCAGCACAGCCGUUCGCGCAUUCACGGAGCACAAUUUCCUGGGCUUGGUCCACUGGCUGUGGUGAGACUAUGGUAUCUUUCAUCCCGCACGAGCUUUGAGACGGUCACACAGGUCAUCUUGCGCGUGUGAUUGGACUCUCCGAAAUGGUCAGGAUGGUCGCGUCUCCCCGGCGAGGCCCCGCCGGACCGUCCAUGCAGGUUCAGCCCGCUCCUCAGUCGGAGCUCUCGGCGGAGGUGGCGGGCGCUGACACUGGCGAAUAUGUCGCUCCGGCUGUGACCCUAUACUACUUCUGUAUCGUCUAUGUGCGGGCGAGACCCGGUGCAGGGGUAUACCUACAGCGCGGGGGUGCCGUCUCGACGCUGACGCCGGGUGCGCUGAGCGGAGUGGGGAUGGGUGCACGGGAGGGCGGGUGACAGCGGAGGGUCGGCAGAGCUCAGCUCGCAGCACAGCUCCGGAGGCACGCUGUUAUUGCACACGCUCAGCUCAUUCUGUGGUUAUUGGAUUAUUUGUCCUGUGUCGGCUCUACGACCAAUUGCUCAACAAGAUCGCUCGAUGUUUUUUAGAGGUUUGCGUGCCCCGGAAGCUGUGCUGCGAGCGCUGGCCACCCACCCCCGGUGUGCUUUAUUACUUCUGCUUAUACACGUGAUCGGAAUCGCAUAUUUAAUAAAGAACCAAAUGUU